GUCGAGGGGCGGGGACAGCUCUAUCCUCCGCCCGCAGAGGUCCAGGUUUUCAAGGUGGUUUCCGGCUCGGGGACACACAGCUAGGUUCAUGGACUGUAAUAGGAACUGUGCGGGGAGUCGGGAUGCGGUGAGGAGGCCCAAGAAACUGUUGGGACGUCGGGGACAGGGGCGGAGCUGGUGCCCAGAGAGCCAGGCGCUGAGCCGGGCCCCGCCCCCCUUGGCGAAGUGCGCAUGCUCUGAAUAGGGUCGCGAGAAGGCCAGCGGCCUGAGGAGAGAGGGGGUAGGGCAGGAAACGGUGAAGAAGAGAAGCGGAAGCGGAACUACGUGAUUGGACGUCCGCCCCUAGUUCGCGUGCCGCGCUUCUGCGCACGCGCAGCCCCCGAUCUUGCGCGGCUCUCGCGCCGGCCUCGCGCUCUCUGUGGUUCGGCCUCCGUCGCGUCCCGCGGCCAGCCAUGGCCGGCAUCCUGUUCGAGGACAUUUUCGACGUGAAGGACAUCGACCCCGAGGGCAAGAAGUUUGACCGAGUGUCCCGCUUGCACUGUGAGAGCGAAUCCUUCAAGAUGGACCUCAUUUUAGAUGUUAACAUCCAGAUCUAUCCUGUGGACUUGGGGGACAAAUUCCGAUUGGUGAUAGCUAGCACCUUGUAUGAAGAUGGGACCCUGGACGAUGGGGAAUAUAAUCCCACAGAUGACCGGCCAUCCAGGGCUGACCAGUUUGAGUAUGUGAUGUAUGGAAAGGUGUACAGAAUCGAGGGGGACGAGACCUCCACGGAAGCAGCCACUCGUCUCUCUGCCUAUGUGUCUUACGGGGGGCUGCUCAUGAGACUCCAGGGAGAUGCCAACAACUUGCACGGCUUUGAAGUGGACUCCCGAGUUUAUCUCCUGAUGAAGAAGCUGGCUUUCUGAGCUGCCCAGGGAGCCUUUGCCAUCCCCGCCUUUCCUGUCUGGUGGGGCCUGGUCUGGGCAUCCCUGCCCCCUGAACUCUGCUCCAGUGUGAGGAGUGCUGGCUGAGGAAGGGCCCCUUUCUCCUGAGUAAUCCGUUCUUCACCCGAUGGACUUGAGAUCUUUUCGGCUGGUCUGAACUAAGUGGAAAAGUGGCUGUUGGUCCCCACUUGGGACCUCAUAGGAUGAGCUCAGGUUGAGCUUUCAGAUACUUUGUUUGAUGGUUCAAUUAAACUGUGCUUUUUUGUAUCCA